AUGUCCCAAGGGCCCUUCGAGACCUUCGCGGCGCGGCCCGCCAGCCGCAAGGAGCAGCUGGCCAACGCGUACGCCCUGGUCGUGGCGUCCCAGCUCUCGUACAGGAGGGCGGAGGGCGGAGAAGACCUGGCGAAGCCAGUGAGGGAUCAGCUGGGCGAAUGGGGCUUCCGGGACGCGGACUUCAUCGGCUGGGAGGAAGGUCGCCAGCGCUUCAUGAAGACGCGGAGCGCCAACACGCAGGCGUUCACGGCCAGGGGCGACGGCUUCUGGCUGGUGUGCUUCCGCGGCUCGGACAUGCUCGGCGACUGGUUCACGAACUCCAUGUUCACUCAGAGCGAGGACGGCCCCUUCGGCAGGGUCCACUCCGGCUUCCUGGCCGCCCUGAACGAGCCCUCCGGAGACGGCACCGUGCUGGGCAGGAUCCUGGCCACCGUGGCGCCCGCAGCGCGCGAGUCCAGCCUGCCGGUGUACGUGACGGGUCACAGCCUGGGCGGUGCCUGCGCCACGCUCGCCGCGGCCUACCUCCACCAGCGCGGGGUGGACGUCGCGGGAGUGUACACUUACGGCUGCCCUCGCGUGGGGGACGCCACCUUCGCCCAGGAAUACGACGGCGGCCUGAAGUCGGUGACGCACAGAUUCGUUAACGGGGAAGAUUGGGUGACGGACCUUCCGAGGACGGAGUACUCGCACGUGGGCACCAGCUGGGUCAUUCGCGACGGCGUGGUGGGCGAGAGCGACGACGGGCCCAGCGCGGACGGCCAGGACUUCGGGCUGAUUGGCGAGCUGGAGGAUCAUGAUACGCAGAAGUACGUGGACGCCCUUGAGAAGGCCUGGAGGGAGGGCUGA